AUAGUGGGCAUAGUGCCACUGAGCGCCACUUCCGGCAAAGCGGACGAUCGGCGCUCCAUAUCCGGCAACAGAUUUCAAACUUCAUUUACGGUUAGCGUCUGCGAUUUUUUGUGACGUGCCGCUCGCGCCUCGGUUCGUUUUCGCUUUUUUUUUUUUUCGCGGUGUUCUGGUCGUUUCGCGUGUGCGGGAUGCGGUCCCCCGACGCGCGCUAGGACAGCGGCCGGCUCGACCAAGUGACCGCUUCCGAACAACGCCGGAAAAGGAAACGAUCGAGAAAUAAAUUGGUGCUGCCAAAGCCGUCGGCUUAGGCCUAGCGACCCCGCCGCCGCGGUCGAGAUGGGCUGUGCUGUGAGUACCGCCGCGGACAAGGAGGCCGCGGAGAGGUCUAAGAAGAUCGACAGGGACCUCCGCGCCGAUGGCGAGCGACAGGCCAGGGAGGUCAAGCUCCUACUGCUCGGAGCUGGAGAGUCUGGGAAGAGCACCAUCGUUAAGCAAAUGAAGAUCAUCCACGAGUCCGGCUACACGUCCGACGAGUGCAAGCUGUACCGACCGGUGGUGCACAGCAACACCAUUCAGAGCCUGCUGGCCAUCAUCCGGGCCAUGGGCCAGCUCAAGAUAGACUUCAAGGACCCCAGCCGGGCGGACGACGCCCGGCAGUUCUUCACAGUGGCCGGGGCAACGUCGUCGCAGGAGUGCGAGAUCACGCCAGAGCUGGCGUCGAUGAUGAAGCGCCUGUGGCAGGACCACGGGGUGCAACACUGCUUCUCACGCUCCCGGGAGUACCAGCUCAACGACUCUGCCUCCUACUACCUGAAUGCCCUGGACCGCAUCUCCCAGGCGAGCUACACGCCCACGCAGCAGGACGUCCUCAGGACGCGGGUCAAGACGACCGGCAUCGUCGAGACCCACUUUGUCUUCAAGGAGCUACACUUCAAGAUGUUUGACGUGGGCGGCCAGCGCUCCGAGCGCAAGAAGUGGAUCCACUGCUUCGAGGGCGUCACGGCCAUCAUCUUCUGCGUGGCGCUGAGCGGCUACGACCUUGUCCUGGCCGAAGACGAGGAGAUGAACCGCAUGAUUGAGAGCAUGAAGCUGUUUGAUUCCAUCUGCAACAACAAGUGGUUUGUGGAGACCUCCAUCAUCCUCUUCCUCAACAAGAAGGACCUGUUCGAGGAGAAGAUUGUCCGGUCGCCCCUCACCAUCUGCUUUCCAGAGUACCCGGGGAGCAACACGUACGAAGAGGCGGCGGCCUACAUCCAGAUGAAGUUUGAGUCCCUCAACAAGCGCCGGGACACCAAGGAGAUCUACACGCACUUCACGUGUGCCACGGACACCAACAACAUCCAGUUUGUGUUUGACGCCGUCACCGACGUCAUCAUCAAGAACAACCUGAAGGACUGCGGCCUGUUCUGAGCGAGGAUGUGCCGCACCCCCUUGGCUCUUCUUGGGACCGUGUUUUCUCGCCCUUUUGCUUUGUGCGGUUGUUACGACGAGCAUUCCUCUUUCGCGUCUAUUUAUUCCUCUCGUUUUUCUUUCCUUUGACAGUUGUCCGGAGAAAUGUCCUCGCUCGAGAAUUGUUUCUGUCUCCACGUCAUUUCCAUUGUUUUGCCGACUCGAUCCGUUUCCACUACGCUUUAGGUUAUUGAGGUUUCUAGCAGGGCCGAGGAAGGACAAUGUGGGGAAAACUCGUUUGGGUUUGGGCCCUUGGGAAGGGACAUUCCCUGAGAGCGACCCGGAAGUGGGGGGCUGGAGCCUGCCCCUUACCCGCCUUUGGGGUCGCCUGGCCAGUCGGUUGUUUGGCUCGUUUCCCGUGCACCAGUGCCUUCUAGGACAAACCCACUCUAGCCUGGUGGCGGUAGCGACCUCUCUGGCAAUCUGCGCAAAACGUGGGCUCAUUCUGCCUUGUCUCUUGGAGAGGCGAGGCCUCUUUCCUUUCUUUGGUUACGAGCUGUCCCCGUGGUCAUUGUGUGUGCCGGAAGGAAUGUCCUUCCACCCGGCAGGGUUGAGAGGUGCGCCGAGACAGGCCCGUCUCCGUUUCGGGCGGGUGGGGGAAAAUAUGGUCCCAAGGGUUAAGGUAACAGUAUUUCCCGUUUUUCGAAUUGAGGGAUAAAUAGCCUUGCAAAUUUACCCAACCCAGGAAUCAAAUUAUGGUUUGGAGUGGCAUAUUGUUUUGUAACAAAAAGAAGUAGGGAGGGUCACUUGAACAUUUUCAGUGCAGAAGUGUCUUAAGCAGGAGGUCCUCAAUUGUUGUCAUCCCAGACUCCUCCUGAAGGUUCUCGAGACGGCGUUGCAUUUCGAUGAGUCGUCUGCUUGGGAGAAGCGCCGGUCCCGGGCCAUCUUAAUGGUUACGGUCAAUUUCUUUGUGCAUAGGGAUUUGAUGACCUUCCACACUGGUGAAUAGCUCGAGGCUAGGACCCACUAUGCUUCCAAACCUCCUAUUUUAUACCUCAAACCAGCGUGUCCAAGUGCAUCCCCAUUUCUUUUCACCGUGAAGUAGACGAAGCAGUUGCAUCGCUUCGAACAAGAAUGCGAUUACUGCGUAGUUCACGAGGUUAAUACCUCCCAUUUCUAAAUCGGUUUCGCACAAAAUAGUUUUCCGGGCCGUUUUUCUUUUUCCAUUUUUUGCUUGUCUCGGGCACGCCUGGCAUUUGUGUCGAGCUUGGCUAUGCAGUAGCGGCGGCAUAUUUUUGUCCUAUUUGCUUUCCCGAAGUGAGCGCAAAGCCGGCAAAAGGAAAGUGCCUUUCCGAGCACCUUCCUUUUGCAGCUGGGCAGGUCUUGGCAAUCGAGUUGCAGCCAGUAAGAAUACCAAUGUCCCGGCAGACGUAACCUUGUUCUGUCUGCUUGCACUGCUUCCAAUGCCCUGCCUGGUAGUUUGGCGCUUUCACAGAUUGUCGUAUUGUUAACGUCAUUUUGGACGCAUCCGUCGCUUUCGGGAGUUUUGCUUACGCUCAAGACUACUUCUGCCUCGCUUCCCGGCCCGGCAUUCCUAGCCGGCUACGUGACGCCACGCGGAAACAUAAAUCUUGCGUGCCAACUUGACUACCAAGCAACCGAGCACGACCAACACAGAUGCGGGACAAUGGGGGUUUGUCUCCGCGCCGGGGCGCGUUGUCGAGCCUCUUUUCCCAGGUGUCUUCGGAAAGCCCAGGUUCCCCAUGUGCCAUAACUAGCUAGGGUAUGUUCACCUCUUGGAUGCCCACAUUCACAGGGCACCAAACGGUUGUGUAAAAGGUUUCCGGGCCUCGCCAGCUGGUUCCCACUUCUCUCGUAGGACGACGCAAGGUCCUGUUUCAGGUGGCAAAAGAAUGCCGUGUUUUGCGUGUUUGCACUUCCCAGCCGGCUGGAGCUGCUUCCAACCAGCUGGGAAGCGCCUCUGCACAUGCGUGGAAACGACGUGCGUCUCGUUCGUGUUGCGCCCGCCCCCCCUGGCGAGGCGUUCCUUGCCGCGUGUUACAAGGGACGCCUUGCCGACCUUCCAAUGCUCAAGGUCUUCUUUUUCUCCACCACGGCACUCUGUGCACUUCCUCCAGUCGUGUAAACUAUUUUCGUACAAACCGCAAAGUCCCUGCCACUCCCAUCCUGAAGUCAGUCUGGUUUAGAAAAAGGCGGCUCGUCGAGUCGCCCGACGACGAACUGCCGGUUGUUUAGCAAUCCACCCGCGACGUGCGGGGCCUUUGGAGUGUGCCGCCAUGCGGGCACUUGUGCGGCACAUUGCAAUUUUUGUAUCUAUAGGACUAGAAUGUGAACAAUGGUUGCCAGUUGUACCUCCUCCCGUGCAGAUGCACGACUCACGUUUCCAGCUUCACAAUCUUUCCGCCUCGGUGUCUUUGAGAUUGUGCCAGUGUUUUCUUUUUGUAUAUUGUGUUUGGUGGCCUUCUUGCUGUUGUCACAAAUAGUUUUCAGGUAUGUGCGUUAGACUGCUUUUGCAUUUAGUCGGUACCUCCUUGCCACGGGGACGUGGUUCUGACCUCCUUGGUACGUAGACCUCUACUCUAAUGUCUGUGUGGUUGCAUUUUUUUUCUCGUACAACUUGGGUACCCAACAAUGCAGGGCUUUGAUGACUGCCUUCUUUUACGCUUCUGUGACGGAGGUAUUUCUAAGACCUUUGCGAGCUCAUGCCCAUAGCCUUUGUUGCGUACUUGACAUAAGGCGUGAUGGAGCGAGCAUGUUUCUGAACAUCUUGUUGGUCGCCUUCCUAGAGUUGUUUUUGCUCUUCUUUUCCCCAGAAUUCAUAACAUUUUUCUCCCGUCUUUUUUGUGUAGAUGCAAGAAGAAAACUUUGCCAAACAUUUGUGCAUUUUUUUUACAUUACUGCAUCUGCUUUUGAAGAAGUGUGAGGAUGAGCAGUCAGAAUAUUUACUUUUAGAUGUAAGGAACUGCUGCCGGAUCUAUUGAAAGUAUUGCAGUCUUGCUCUUGUUGCAGCAUGUGUGUGCAUGGGAUGGUUUUUAUGUGUUACACAUACACCCAUGAGAAUGUUACCCUGUAUAAAAUACACAUACACACAUAGACACCUAUGUAUAUGUAUACAUGAAUGUAUUCACAAACCUCAAGCAAAAUGAAAUGGUGGUUCUUCUAAA